AAGAAGAUUUAUAUAUUUGUUUUGUUUCAGGUCAAAGAGUUGAAGUAGAGAGGAAUUCCUGAACCAAGAAAUGUAAAUUUCUGAAAUAAACUCUUAAAAAUACGAAAGAUUGUUUGAAUUUUACAAUUUCAGAUGAAAUGAAUUAAAAUGCUCGGAAUGCCGCGUGUUACUCCGAGUAAAGUUGUAACUGGCUUAUUGUUGACCAUUUUUGGUUUUGUAGCUUAUAAAUAUGUAUUUGGUGUGAAGUAUGAGGCAAAAUAUGAAUAUUCAUCUUACUACAAAUCUCUGUCAAAAAUGUCGCGAGAAGAUUUAAAACCGAAAAUAGUUUACAGAGGAACAGACCGUGAAGCGAACAUCUCUGAUCUUGCACUUGUAAAAACCAAAAAGGAGAGAGAAGAGAUGGAAAAAGGAUACAGGGAGGUAGCGUACAAUGUACUUGUGAGCCGACGUAUUGGAGAAUUCAGGGAACUCCCAGACACUCGACACAAGACUUGUUUGACUAAAGAAUAUCCAACUGUACUGCUCACUGCAUCUGUUAUCGUUUGUUUCUACAAUGAACACACAGAAACAUUGUUUAGAACUGUUGAAUCUAUUCUACGACGAUCCCCAGAAGCCAGUCUUUUAGAAGUUAUAUUGGUGAAUGAUGGAAGCGAGAGAGAAAUUGACCGCGUGGAAGCCAAGGUUAAAGAACCAAACUGGAGCAAGGUCCGUCUUCUUCAUAGUGGAGGCCGUGAAGGACUUAUCCGCGCGAGGAUUCUUGGAGCGCGAAAUGCUAGUGGGGAUGUUCUGGUUUUCCUAGACAGCCAUAUUGAGUGCAAUCAGGAAUGGUUGGAACCUCUUCUCUCUAGGAUCAGUGAAUCCUGGAGUACAGUAGUUGUUCCUAUUAUUGAUUCCAUAGACCCAGAUAUCUUUACUUACAAACCUUCCCCCUUAGGAACAGUACAGUACAGCUUAACUUAUAUUAUACAGGAAGUCCCAAUAAACAAUAAGUUAAGUUAAGUUAACAAGUUAACA